AUGGGAAGUUGGUGCCUGGCUUGUUCUUAUUUUAUGAUGAAUUCGAUGUUUAUUGCGAUUUUAGUCAUUGUUCCGAAGAAAACUGCAUCUUCGUCGGAAGAGUCGGCGAUUUGUGUUGAAGAAAGUGAUAGUAGUGGAAACUCGACAGCUGUUUUGACAAAUUCAACGGUUUUUCAAGACGAAAAAGAUGUGAUAGAAAUGUCUGAGGAUGAAAAGAGCUUGCUUGUAUCUGCUUUCAAUAUUGGCUAUGUUUUGACGCAACUAGCCGGGCCAUGGUUGGCGACGAGAAUUGGUUUUAAAAAAGUGCUUUUGAUUUCAACCCUUUUCUCUGGAAUAUUGACACUUGGUUUUCCAGUGAUUCUGAAAACAAGCGUAACAUUGGCCAUCAUCUCAAGAAUCGUUGCUGGAGCCCUCUCAGGCCCAGCCAUACCAGUUACCAGAGAAAGCUUGUCGGGGUGGGCGCCAUCGAGUGAAAUCGGUAGAAUGGUAUCCCUUCAGAUUAUUGGCUGCCCUGUUGGCAUCGUUUCUGCUCAGUUUUUCGGAGGACUGCUGAGCAGAUACAGUUGGCAACUGGUUUUUUAUUUGUCCGGUUUGAUGUGCCUCAUCUGGGCGGGAAUCUGGCAAUUCUUCGUUUUUCCAACUCCAGAACAAGACAAACGCUGUUCCAAAGAAGAAACAGAUUACAUAAUCACAAAACGAAAUGCAUCUUGCGAUAGAAAAACUGCAAAGAAAGUUCCUUGGGGAGAAAUUCUCGAGUCAAUACCUUUUUGGGCGCUGGUUAUUGGUCAAUUAUGCGUUCAGUGGACCAUUUUUUUGAUUCUAGCGAAGUUUCCAGAGUUUCUCUCAGUUUCUUACGGCCUGGAUGUUUUCACAAUCGGAAUAAUUGGCACGACUUUGGCGCUUUCCCUCAUCGCUUCCGGAUUUUUCGGCUUCAUAAGCGAUCAUCUUGCAAAGAAGAAAUCCCCGACUUUCUCUAGAAAAGCUAUAUCGACAACAUCAUCAAUGGGGAUUGCUCUGUGCCUUGUGCUACUGACAAGGACUGCUUGUAUGUUUGAGCUGAACAUUGCUUUCGCUCUUUUGAUGGCUUUUUCUGUCGGAAUCGGGUCAUUUCUAGCAUUGGAGCCGAACUCGAUGGAUUUGGCGCCCGAUUACUCUGGCAUUGUUCAAGGACUCGUCAAUACAGUUGGCAAUUGCGCUGGUUUCGGAACCGAUUGA